UGUAGCGCUGUAUGUAAGCUUAGCAGCUGGGUAGUGUUAUGGUAGCUGCUUUCCUGUGCUAAGCUGAUUUACUUGUUUAAGGUCUGACCUCAUCAUCCUGUCAGUAUGGAUUCCCACCUAUACAGUUAACAGCAGCUUAGCAUCGGCUUGAAGUGCUAGCAGUAUAUUAGUCAGAAAAAAAGAGGGCUACUGGUAUUUGUUCCUUUGUUGUCUUUUCUUAAGAAGAGGUGCUGAAACACAAGAGAUAACAAAGAAUCCAUUUCCUUUCUAAAAGAAUAGGCUUUUGUUCUUUUUUCCUGCAAAAAUGUCAGUUUCUGGAAAGAAAGAGUUUGAUGUGAAACAGAUCCUAAGGCUACGCUGGAGGUGGUUCAGUCACCCCUCUCAAGGUUCCACAGGCACUGGAGGCUGCCUUCAGGAAGGAUAUGAGCAUAGAGGGACACCGGUUCAGAAUAGGUUGAAGAGCCACUCUCGGGACAGAAAUGGGCUAAAGAAAAACAGCAGUCCUGUUCACCACAAUAUACUGGCACCAGUGCCAGGUCCAACCCCUGUGCACCACCGAUCUAUUCAAACCUGGCAUCAACAAAACCUCAUAGAACAGCUGCGAGCAAAUGAGGAUAUCCCCAAAGCAAGCACAGAGGAAAAUUGUGUUAAAGAAGAUUCAAGUAAAAAUAUACAGGAGUUGCAGAUGAUCACAGACGAAAAUACAGAUGAAUCCACUGAGAGAUUAUCAAUAACUAGCUGUUCACCCACUGGAAUGAACACCAAUGGCUCAGAUGAAUACUUCCAAUCUACAAAUCAUGCAGAGCAGACAUUCCGCAAGAUGGAGAACUAUCUCCAGCAGAAGCAGCUGUGUGAUGUUCUUCUCAUUGCUGGAAAUCACAAGAUUCCAGCUCACAGAUUGGUUCUUAGUGCCGUGUCUGAUUAUUUUGCUGCAAUGUUUACUAAUGAUGUGCGUGAAGCAAAAGAAGAGGAGAUCAAAAUGGAAGGAGUGGACCCAGAUGCACUGAAAGCUUUGGUGCACUAUGCCUAUACAGGUGUUUUAGAGUUAAAGGAAGACACUAUAGAAAGUUUGCUGGCUGCAGCUUGUCUUCUCCAGCUGUCUCAAGUCAUUGAAGUGUGUUGCAACUUUCUUAUGAAACAGCUCCAUCCUUCAAACUGCUUAGGGAUUCGAUCCUUUGGAGACGCGCAGGGUUGCAUGGAACUCUUGAAAGUGGCACAUCUGUACACUAUGGAACACUUCACAGAAGUGAUAAAGAAUCAGGAAUUUCUUUUGCUUCCUGCUAGUGAAAUAGCAAAACUCCUGUCUAGUGAUGACAUCAAUGUACCAGAUGAAGAAGCCAUAUUCCAGGCUUUAAUGAUGUGGGUGAGACAUGAUUUGCAAAGCAGGCAACGAGACUUAGGAAUGCUCCUCUCUUACAUUAGACUGCCACUACUCCCACCACAGUUACUAGCAGAUCUUGAAAAUAGCCCAAUGUUCACGCAUGACCUUGAGUGUCAGAAACUUCUUAUGGAAGCUAUGAAGUAUCAUCUCCUACCGGAAAGAAGGUCCAUGAUGCAGAGUCCUCGAACUAAACCUAGGAAGUCUACAGUGGGUGCACUUUAUGCUGUGGGAGGCAUGGAUGCGACUAAAGGUACCACUACAAUUGAGAAAUAUGACCUUAGGACAAACAGUUGGAUACAAAUUGGUACCAUGAAUGGUAGACGAUUGCAGUUUGGAGUAGCAGUAAUUGACAACAAGCUCUAUAUUGUGGGAGGAAGAGAUGGCCUGAAAACCUCUAAUACAGUUGAAUGUUUCAAUCCAGCUACCAAAGUUUGGACUAUAAUGCCUCCUAUGUCAACUCACAGACACGGCUUAGGCGUAGCAAUGCUUGAAGGACCAAUGUAUGCUGUUGGCGGUCAUGAUGGAUGGAGUUAUCUUAAUACAGUAGAAAGAUGGGACCCCCAGGCACGGCAAUGGAAUUAUGUUGCUAGCAUGUCAACUCCUAGAAGCACAGUGGGGGUUGCAGCAUUAAAUAGCAAAUUAUAUGCAGUUGGUGGACGGGAUGGCAGCUCCUGCUUAAAAUCCAUGGAAUGCUUUGAUCCUCAUACUAACAAAUGGAGUAUGUGUGCUGCAAUGUCUAAGAGGCGAGGCGGUGUUGGUGUUGCAACGUACAAUGGAUUUUUAUAUGCAGUGGGAGGUCAUGAUGCACCAGCUUCCAACCACUGUUCUAGACUUUCUGAUUGUGUGGAAAGAUAUGAUCCUAAAACUGACACCUGGACAACAGUGGCACCUUUAAGUGUACCACGUGAUGCUGUUGGCGUUUGUCCUCUUGGGGACAGAUUAUAUGCAAUAGGAGGCUAUGAUGGACACAGUUACCUGGACACUGUGGAGUCAUAUGAUGCACAAAAUAAUGAAUGGACAGAGGAAGUCCCUGUCAAUAUUGGAAGAGCUGGAGCUUGUGUUGUUGUGGUGAAAUUACCAUGAUGGAUGUCCCUGGAGUGAAAUAAACCCUGAGUACAGUUCCAUAAAAACCAUGUGAAAGGAGGAGAAGAAACAAGUUCCAGAACAUAAUACAAACGACAUACCAUAUAUACUCAUUCAUAAUCCGAAUAUUUCUGGUAAAAAGGUGACGCAUCAAGGAGCGGGGUCGGCUUAUAAACUGGUCUACCACAAAAUGUGAUGAUUUAAAAAACUCUAUGGAAUCACUGAAUUGAAUAUCUAAUACAUUGUUGUUUUGUUUACCUGGAGCAUCUGCAGGCCACAGGGAGUUGAUGGGCUCCAUGCCUGCAGACACUCUAAGUAAACAAAACAUCCCACCAGCGGCUUACCCUACCUAUUUAUUGAUGUCAAUACUGCAGCCUUUUAAAGUUGCAAAGGCUUUGUUUAGUGGACUAGAUUGGCUUGAAAGGAAUACUAAAAGAGCAGUACUACAGAUUUGCAUGACAUUUGACCCAUGAAUUUCACAAAAAGCUAUGCCUUACAAGCAAUCAGAAAAACACAAUGAAUGAUAAUACUAUAGCACUGGCAUCAGUCUGCUACUGUGUAAUUUGAUUUCUUCAUGCAUUUCU